AUGGUGGAAAAAUUCUUGGGAAGGUAUAUUCCUCCUAGCAAGGCGGCGAAGCUAAGGCAAGAAAUUUCAACAUUCAAACAAGGGGAGUCGGAAACACUUUUUGAAGCUUAUGAGAGAUUCAAGGAUCUUCUUCGAAGAUGUCCCCAUCAUAGCUUUGCUUCUUGGAUGCGAGUUCAGAUCAUCUACAAUGCAUUAAACUAUGCAACCUGUCAAUUAAUUGAUGCCGCAGUGGGUGGAUCCCUUAGCAACAAGUACCCCGAUGAAGUCGAGCAACUACUUGAAUCGAUGGCAAGCAAUGAUUCUCCUUGGGCCUCAAGAGGUGCACCACAAAAAGGUGCCGGAAUCUAUGAAUUCAGUGCUAAUGAUGCUCUUGCAGCGAAGGUUGAUGUUUUGUCUCGAAAGUUGGAUUUGCUCAUGGGGAGUAGCUCGAAGUCGGAGUCGGUGAUGAGUUGUAGCACUUGUCGUGGAGGGCAUGAAGUUGCUCAUUAUCCAAUUGCUAUUUACUCCGUCGCCCCAAUUGAGAAUGUUGAUUAUAUUGUGGGACAAAGGCCACAAGGGAAUUUCAUAACUAGCAGUAUGGAGAAUCAGUUAAGUAAGGUGAAUGCUCAGCUUACUCAACACGCCGGGCAAUUCAACGAAAUAGGCUCAAUCUUGCGGAAUCUCCAAGCCUCAGUGCAGUCCCUUGAACACCAAGUGGGGCAGCUUGCUAAAGCAACUUCUGAGCGACCUUCAGUCAGUCUUCCUAGCAACACUGAGGAGAACCCAAGAGAACACUUGAAGGCCAUCGCCCUUAGAAGUGGAAAACAGAUUGAGACAAGGGUCGGAGCUGACCCAAGUGUCAAGGAGACUAGGGAGGUGCUAUCAUUGAACCCAUUAGAUGAGUACUUGAGAGAUAUAGAAAAUGAGGAUCAAGAAGAACCUCACUCUCCUCUUCCAAGUCCCAAUUUAAAGAACCCAAAGGAGAAAGUUAUGUCUCCAGGUUAUGACCAGAGGGAACCUGUUGAUAUUGGUUGGAGGUGA